AUGUCACUCCGCCCACCUGGAGAAGGUGUGUCGAGUCCCUGCUGGCAACAAGACGGACCGAGCCCUUCUCCCGCAGCUCCUCAGCAACAAACCCACUGGCGCUUUUUCCCGCCUCCUUAUAGGAUCGAUACACCCGGACCAAGCUACGGAUACUCGCCAAUUCCGGUGAGUGCCGCAAAAAGGGAUGUCAUCUUUGCCCCUCGCGCUAACUCUAGACUGCUCUCUACAGAGUCGAACAGAACCGAGCCAUGCUCGUCAUCUCCAGUUUACCUCUCAGCUUGGACCACCUGCCGAGUUCAAUCCUGACGGUAGCGAAAAUGUCGAGUUCGCCCGUUACGCAUCAACGUUGCGGCUCAAGUCUCGUUGGGACGACAUAUUUGCUCGCUUCGAGGACGCCCACCUAGUUCCGCAGGAUGAGAUUCAUCUCGGCUCGGGGACUCGGCCACCCCGGCUCAUUCGAGACCGAGGGACGUUGAAGGGCAUUGCCAGCAAGCGAAUAGAGUUUGGCGCCUUCAUCAAAGACGAGGAGCUGAAUUAUGGAGAAGAGCGCUCACUCGAGCCGUGGGGCGAGGUGGACAGCGACGAGGAUGAGAUCGGGAUCUGGGGCGCCAGUGCUGCCACUGCCAUCUUCCGCAGCGACUACAUCAAGCAGGAGGAUCAGAUAGGAUCAUAUUCCGAUGGCCGUGGCCACUGGCCGAGCGGUGAGCACGCAGGCGAUCCUCAUCUAGCGGAAUUCCUAGAAGCAGAGGCGCACAGAAAGGCCAUUAUGGGAGACAUCGACGAGGAUGAGCAGAACGCAGCCUCGGGGAGUGAUAGAGGCAUUGACGACGGUUCUGACACUUCGAAGAACGGCGUUUGGGAGGCCCAACGCGGAUCCUCGGAUGGCUACGAUGAAGAUUCCGGGGCGAGCAGUGUAGAAUACGAAAGCGACUACGACGACCAAAGGCGGCGUCAGCCCGUCAGAGUGCCUUCAGCAAAGGUUGCUCCUCAGCAAGCAGACUCCUCGUCGGAUGAGCUCGAUGUCCUCUCGGAUGACUCAGAUGGCUACUCGGACUGGGACGAAGUGCUGUACGAGAAGCGAGCGAACGUGGAAAGAUUACUGCAGCCAUUCGACCGAAGAACAAAGCGCUUCAAACUGGGCGAGCAGGGCAUGGGCGAGUCACUGCCUUAUGGCGAUCUUCCUGGCCUCGCAGAACUCCUGGACUUUUGUCCGUCAGCGAGACCGCUUGCACCAAACCUUAGAUCGCGCGCAAUCUGUCAGCAAUCCACAUCUCUCCUGGCUGCACCUGCUUCGACACAUUCAGCAAAUUUGUCGGCAGAAUCGGAAACCUCCGCUCCACCGCCGGACGACGAGCCCGAGCGCCGACGCAGCUCCAGAGCUCGAGCAAAGCCUUGCUACAACGUUCGGCGCGUCUUCGCUGACAUGUGGCCAGAGGGACAUUACAAGACGCGAAGGAGUGAUGAGGGAUAUCCAGCAUCCCGACAUCGAGGUGAUCAGAUCACACGCGGUGACCUUGGUGGAGAGCUGAGACGGCAAUCGUCCACGAGUACGGGUAUGACAUUGACGCAUUCUACACGCCGGCCAAGCUCCAGUGACGACGACGAGACCGACGCCCGCGAGGCAGAAAGUCUUUUGCAGGUGAAACGAAGUGGGGGGGCAAAGCGUCGAUCUCACCUUGGUGAGCAAAAGGCAAAUAGCCAAGCAUACAGGUCUCUGAGCGUGCGCAGGCCACAACAAGCCGAGCAUCAAAGUGCGUCGCCCCACAGGGUUGUCGACGAGGCCUCGGAUCUGGAGCUCGAGCCGUGGCAAGCGCAGAUCGGUAUUUACGCCACGCAGUCACAAGUGAACGGAACAGAGUUGAGAACGCCAAAUUCGAGCUUGGAUGGCACUGCCUCUGCGGGGCAGGAGCAUUUCUUUCAUCGCGACUCGAGCUCAGAUGUCGGGCGGAGCAGGAAGAAGCUCCGCAAUCAGCCGCCAGGACCAAGGCACGAUGCACUUGCACGUCAACUGUCACCACGGGUCAUUAGAAAGUUUGCAUAUUCUUCGCCGCGUCCCAUGCGGAGGCGCGAGCAAAUGGCCGAGUCACCCAAGACGGCGCGUCGAGCGGUACGAGCCACCUCGAUGACACCCUCAAAGAUGAAACGCCAAUCAGCACCGCUAGAGCAAAUCUCGCUGGAUGUCGAUCGCUAUAUCAAGACCAUUGCAUUUCCAGCUCCAACAUCGACUGGCUGUGGAGCCGGGGGUGGUCAUUGCACAAAGGCGCUGUGUCUAUCUUGUGGCGGUAUCGGCACUACAAGAGAUAUGCAGCCGGCGAUCGGACUCGAGUCUUGA